AUGGCACCCGAGGAGGCGAAGUCGCAGCCUCUGGUCAUGGUCAAUGUCUAUACUCGCGGCGUGCUCUCCGGAAAGGUCCGAGUUGGUUACGCCAUGAGGCAACUGGAAAACUUCAAAAAAUACGAGCCGGGAAGUCCCGGGCGUCCGCGCUACAUCCCGUUGGAACCAAUGCCGUUCAACAUGCACGCGCGGAUCCCUGGAUCUGUCCUCAUGGUCAUCGAGCAUUUCACCACCGACGAUGUGCCGAGGCAUAACCGGAGGACGGUGAAGCCCAUGGUCUACAUUGUCCGCGCGUACGUUUUCAUGGCCCGCAACAUCAAAGUAGACACUGCUGGAGCGAAUCUCGCACUGCGUGUGGCAUGCGCUGGAAUAUCCAAAACGACGGAGCCAGAGUUCGGGCAGGUGCGACCCAUGUGGAUGAAGCCACUGGAGUUGAGAGUUACACUUUGCUCCGACCACCCGAAGGAGCCACCGACGAUGGAGCCAAUCACUGUCACCCUACUGGAUAGCAGGACCGUCUUGGGAGUCAAGGCCGACAGAGACAUUGGCAAGACGGUGUGUACCUACGAGUACAUGCGCCACAAGGACAACAUGGGCAGGUGGGAACCCUUCCGUUUGAAACCGCAGUGGGUACAGCUUUUUGGCGGGAACUAUGGCAGCGUGGCCAUGGGCGAAGUCCUUAUAGGUUUCGAGCUGCUUCACUCCAAGUUCCGAGCCGAUCUGCCUGCAAUCCAGAUGUGGCCCGUGUCAGAGGAAGAGUUCAAUGCAACCAAGCACUUCUCCAAGCUCAAAAAGGCCACUCUCCAUUUUUCCCUGUAUGGGCUGCGAGACUUGAUCCCAAUGGGAGGCAGAAGUGAGGAGCCCCUGGUGAGUGUCCGGGUGAAGAAGUUCGAGCGGCCGGAAGGCGAGGAAGGCGCCAAGCGUAGCAAGUACUACUCCAUGAACUUCAAGUACGAGAAGCUGGUGGAAGAAGGGCAGGAAGACAACAAAGACGACCACCUUCACAAAUGGAAAACCGAUGCAUUGGGCCAGCAGGGUUGUCGAAACUUCGAGUUUUUCCAGGUCCAGAAGGUAAACGUCAUGCUUCCCGACAAGGAGAUCCUGCAGCCCUUCAUCGCCAUCCGGGUGCUGGAGAAGCCAAUGGAGCUUUUCCAUGGGACUGCCCUGCAUUUGAAGCCUUUCGGGGACGAGGGGACCCUGGUCGGCGAGAGCCGGCAGAGUCUGAAUCUUCUCUACCCCUGUACCUGGUAUGAGGGCAUUACCGAUGGGCAGCCCUACAGCUACCAGGAGAACCGAAUCAAGCGUGGAGUGGAUCGGGCGAGUAGGGCCUGUGCCUCGAGGACACUUUAUCAGGAGGAGUCGGCCGAGGAGCGAGCCAAAGGGCUUCAGGCAGAAAAGGAAACCCGGAGGCAGCAGCAGCUGGAGUACAUGAAGUCUUUGAUAAGUAUGGAGGAGGAGAAGGCAGAGAAGAUCGACUCGAGGGCUAUGCCUUUGGAGCUGAGACCCUACAGAGCGACGUACAAUCCGAAUGGGUACCUGCCAGAGGUCAGAGAACCACUGCGAGUGCGCGAAGAGCAUGCUCUGAACAUGGAGCGCUUGAGCAGCUUCGGAAAACGCUUUGGGGAGCGGUCCAACAAGGACUCCGAUGGGUCAACGGGCCUGCGGCUGAGAGGCAAGCUGGAGCACUCGAAGCAGGUGCACGUCUUCCAGCCAGACUUCUGGUAUCACAAUGCCCCGCUUAUGCGCAAUGCGGACAUCGUGGACCUGAGCGAUGAGACAGCUCCAGACUGGAACUUCAUGCACGACAAGGUCUUCGGCUUUGUCAAGUGUGUUUUCAAGCUGAUGGACGGCUGGGAGGAUCUGCCGCAGGGGGAUGACGAUUAUGAGCAGAAGCCCACGGAGGAGUCAGACGAUGAAGAUGAGCCAGUUGCGGUCAAGGAUGUGGAACCGGUGGUCGCCCAGUCCCCUGUGGACACUGGUGCCGGUGUGGGGCUUCUGGAUGAUGCGGCAGCACUGGCCAAUGUUCGUGCUGAUGCCCGAAAGCGGAACAAGAUGGAUGACACUCAAAGCGCAGUCGUCACCGACGAGGACCUGCGACAUACUCUCGUUCCCCCCUGUUGUUCCUCACCGUUCACGGAACUGAUGUAG